ACUAAAUGUAGUGCAUCUCAUGAAUUUGCAACCCACACCGAAGUCGACUCCACAUCUCACAUCGCCCUGUAUUUUUAAUGGGUCGACCCCGCCUUCAUGCAACGGCGGAAGAAAGGGCAGCUGCUGCGCGAAAAUAUAGACAGGAUUAUUAUGAAAGGAACAAAAAAACAAUAAGCGUGAAAAUGGCAGCCAAAUACAAAGCACGACGUGCGGGUAAGCUCGGUAGAUCAAAGUCUGAGCCUGCGAAGGCCACACAGCUCUCCGCACAUUCCCCACAGCCUGAGAGUCAUGUCACCGAACAAGCGACAUCUCUGCCCGAUAGCCAGAACCAAGUUCCUGAACACGAGACAUCACCGCCUGAUAGCCCUGUCCAUCGGAUCGAUUUACAACAACGCAUACAAGACAUUCAGACGGCAGUGGUAGAGACAACGGCUCUUCAUGCUGAGGACUAUUUCGAACAUCUCUACUCUACUCUGACGAAGAACUCUCAUGAUUAUCAACUCCGCCUAUCAAUCAUUUCAGACGCUCUGAAACAUUUAGAAGGAUAUAGUUUGCAAGCCCGAACGUUGGAGGCAGAACUCAUGCAAGAGAACGGGGCCAGGAAAUUGUUAUUCCAAGCGCAAGAGCUCACACAGACAUUAAGGGAUAUGACGGGAGCUGCUGAAGAGCUCUGGUGCUUUAUCGUACACGACCCGGAUACUGCGAAGCUCAUACAACAACACUCUCGAGGGGAAUUGCGAUUUCAACAACCAACUAUAGAUAACUUUGUUUAACCCUUGUUUGAUAUGCGAUUGUUGGGCAGCAACAGUAUAUGUCGAUGUCGAUGUUGCAUACCGCUCCGCUGAACUUUGACAUUCUAAUUUCCCACGGCUUUUACGCAGAAGUCCGAGUCCACACCCCGUCGCUGU